AUGAAUCUGUCCUGCACAAACUCCUCUGAGUGGAAAGCGGAGUCCGUAUUGAUUUCCGUGAGUUUUUCCCUCAUCUUUCUGCUCGGCAUCACGGGGAACUCUCUGGUCCUCGCAGUUCUGUGUCGCAAUGGCCAGAUGAGCACCAAGACCACCAACAUGUUCAUCUUCAGCCUUGGGAUGGCUGAUCUCUGCUUCAUUGUAUUCUGCGUGCCGUUUCAAGCCACCAUUUACACCCUGGAUCAGUGGAUGUUCGGUCCGGUGCUCUGCAGAGCCGUGCACUUCUUCAUCUUCCUCACAAUGUACGCCAGCAUCUUCACACUGACUGCCGUUUCCCUGGACAGGUAUUUAGCCAUAUGUUACCCGCUUCGUUCCAGGCAGAUGAGAACUCCAAAGAAUGCCCUCAUUUCUAUCUGCCUGCUUUGGUCUUUGGCUUUGGUUUUUUCUACACCGUACCUCAGCUACUUCUCUCAGAUGGACCUUGAUGGCACCAUGCUUUGCAUUCCUACCUGGGAGCCCAAACCUCGCUUUAUAAUGGAUCUGUGCACCUUCAUCUUUGGAUACCUCCUUCCUGUCCUUGUGCUCUGCCUCACAUAUGCGCGCACUAUCCGCUACCUAUGGACCAGUGUGGAUCCUGUCAAGGACAAGUCAGAAACAAGACGAUCCAAGCGGAAAGUCACCAAAAUGAUCUUGAUCGUGGCUGCGCUCUUCUGUCUCUGCUGGCUUCCUCAUCACCUCAUAAUCCUCUGUAUGUGGUUUGGACAUUUCAAGCUCAACCACACAACCUACGCCUUACGCAUCUUAUCCCACUUGGUAGCAUACGCCAACUCCUGCCUCAAUCCCAUUGUCUACGCACUCGUCUCCAAGCAUUUCCGCAAAGGUUUUCAGAAGGUUUUCAGCUGCUCAAGGAAGAACAGGGAGGAGAACAGGGUGCAUGUGAUUCAGGCUGUGAACACGGUCAGCAACAUUGAGACAAGACCCUCAGAGGAAGAAGCAGCUUCCACAGCAACCUGAGUUAAAAACUAAGAAAGGUUCUCAGAAUAUCUUUUCAAAGUCAUGUUUACUAUGUUUCGUAAAUAUUAAUCAUGUUGCAGCUGAAAAUAAUUGGUAA